CAUAUUACAUUUUACCCGUUCAUAUAGAUGCAUAAUCAUGUACAAAUUUUGAUAGACCUUAAGUAACGACAUAAUAGGUAAUUGUUAAAGUUUUAAAAAAAAAAUUCCCUAAAUUUCAAUUUCUUACACGAGCCCCCUUAAUUGGCACUGACAAUAUUAUAAUAUCUAACUAUAAAAUAAUUAUUAACGAUUAUGUGGCGAACACAACAUAUACGUAAGUACAAUAUAUAAUAUAUUAUAACGAUGAGCAACAGUAUUCCGUAGCUAUUGCGUUUGAACGUUUACCUACCUACGUCACACUGCAGCCACUGUGAACGAAAUAGACUCGACUGAACGCAAUUAUAAUAAUAUUACAAUAUUUUGUUGUACGUUCUAUGUCGUACGGUGCAGUUUUACGUUUCAGUGCGACUCGUGUCCGCGGUGCGCAGUGUAAUAAUGCCAGCUAUAUUUGCCAGUGGCGGUCGUACUUCGUGCAUGGUGAACGUCUCUGCGGCGAUAUGAGUUGCGAGAUAACGACCGUGGACGAUCUUCGGACGGAUCCUCCGACACGGAAGUGUAGCACGAGCAGCACGAACAGCACGAACAGCACGAACAGCACGAGCAGUACGAACAGCGCUGGAAGCAUGGCCACGUCGGACGGGGACGUGGACGUGGCCGCGGUGGCCAUCCCGUCGUCGGCCGUCGUGGUCUACGUCACCGACGACGCCGUCGCGACCAUGAGUGUCGUCGGCUGUCGCGGAGAUCGUACUCGAGCGACGGUGGUCAGCGUGGAUGAGUCGAGUUCAGAUAUCCACACAGAUCGCGACGAAUGUUCAUCAGACGAAAGCUGCAACGGGCCGGACUCACCCACGGGGCUGAAGAGGGUUGGUUCCGUGUACGACUUCGGGCUUGACGAGGCCGACAGCCCGCCGCCGUGUGCCAACCACCCGUUCGCCGCCGGGCCCGAUGCCGAUCUGACCAAGGUGGCGCGCAAGCAGUUGCGCAUGAUCCGCGAGGUAGACGUGGCCGUGUGCCACCUAAAUCACACCAACACGAUUAUCAGCAAGAUACUCAGCUCCAAGUAUCUGAGACGGUGGGAGAACCACCAGAUCCGCUUGCAGGACGAUUGCAUAACUUCCAACACGCCAAGUGGAUUUCUUAGUAAGACUAUUGGGUACGAAGCUAUAAAAGAUUUAUAUCCAGUAAAAAGAUGGGACUCGAAUUUCAAAUACUGCCUCCGCGUAGUCGUCACUAAUGGCUCUUAUUUAUUACAGACUACCAAUCAGUAUUUGAGAGAUCAAAUUCUUUACUCAAUCUUAUGGAAGAAAAACGUUCAGGAAACCCAAACACUUUUGAAAAGUCAAUCCGAUCCAGACGAUAUGUUAAAAGAAUUACAGAAUAUAGUGGAUUUUGCCAAAAACAUUCCAUUGGUCGAUGAUGAAAUAUUUCAUAUGCCAACUUUUAUUGCGAGUACGCUAAUGACAAGAGACCAAGAAAAAUAUUGCAAACAAUCAUGGGAGAAGGCACUAAUCGGUACGUUGCGCCCGUUGAUUGAAGACUGUCCCCCGUCCGCCGAAAUGUGUUCGUUUUUAUCGCAUCAUUGCAAAGACCAAAGUAGCCUACCUAUCAUUAAAGAUUCCUUAGUUUACACCAUAACAAGAAUACUUAAACAUAAUUUUGACUUUGCGAGAACACUGACGGCUCGCACAUUAGUACAAGAUUAUAUCAAGGCUCUUUACAUCCAGGACCGAAGCGGCGAGUCAAUUAGAUAUUUUCUAUCAAGAGUCCACAGUGCCAGCGCUGUGUGCCCUCAUAACAGGGUACUGCCGAACAUGGUGUCCACCUGUAUUACUGCCAUAUACUCCGCAUCAGAGGAGUUGCCGGCUAACUGUUCGGAAGCCGAAUUCGAUUGCUAUUACACCAAUCACCUGAGAUGCUACAUUGUUGUUCUUCAAAACAUAUCAGAAUACAGCGAUUGGCUGUACGGACUUGCUCAACUGUUGCGUCCGCUGCCGUUUCCCGCAUUGCUGUUAAUUCGUUCAAUUUUUAUGGAGGACAUUUCCUCUGUGAUAUUAAAAAUAGGACUGCAUGAAGAUUGUGAAAUUCAUAAGCAGGUGUUAGCUGUCCGUGAGACAAAAGACGGCUGGUUCGAUUUGUGUUCGCCGAUCGAAGCUGUGUUCUGCGGAAGUUCAAUAGUCUGGACUCAAUUGCUUAAAACGUUGAUGGCUUGCGAGCGAUGCAAAAAAAAGAAACUGUUGAAAAACUUGAAAGCAAAGCAUUUGGGAACGUGCGUUUCGGAGGCGUUAAAAAACAACAAAAUCGUGAUGGAUGUUUUGUGCUUAAUGCUUGAGUGGAUGGUCGUGGAAGACUUGCAUCAAAGAAAUCAAAUUGUUGAUACACUUAAAUCCACGGAAUUUGGUAGAAAUGUAUACGAUGAGUUUAUGUCAAGGCAGAAUCAACUACUUGAAUUGCAACGAAAAGGAGGUCCACAGAAUUUAUCAUUACCGGCUCGAGGCACUGACUUGGACCUGAAUUCCAUGUUUGAUUGUGGCCCAUUCGGUAAUUUAGAGUCGGUUGACUUGGCUUUUACCAAUGUUACAGAUACUUGUGCCAAUACGCUGAUUAAGUUACCAUCUUUAAAAGUUCUUAAUUUGUGGGGUACUCAGUUUGGUGAUUCCGGGUUAUUAAUCAUAUCGGAUCAUCUAACCAACUUGCAAGUUUUGAAUUUGUGUGAGACCAAAGUUACCGACAGGGGAAUUGUUUCGCUCAUAAGUCUCAUCAAUUUGAAAAAACUCAAUUUAAAUAGCACUAAAGCAACGGUUCGAUCCGUGGACGUAUUGAAAAAAAAACUACCAGGUUUACACGAAGUAGACGUCAGAUACUCAUUUGCCUGGUAAAAGCCGUGCAGUUAACCGGCGUAAAUUGGAUUUAAAUUCCAUAGACGAUUUUUGUUUGUGUCAUUAUAAUAUGCCGUGUAUUACUCAAAUAAGUAUAAUAUAAUACAUACACCAUGAAGUAUACUAUGAAUACCAAGGGUAUAUAAUUACUUUUCUUUCACACAGGUACAAGGGUCUUUCAAUGCAUGAAUAUUAUAAAUAUCAAAGUAAAACUUUUGUUGUAAAGAAACCUUUGUGAUUUCGAUAGUCAAUUAUUUUUGUUUGCACGCUAUAAUAGUGAAUGAAUUAUAUUGGCCAAAUAUUAAAAAAUCACUAAAUUGGUGUUCUUGAACUCUUCAAGAUUGAAGACUAUCAUAUUAUUAUGUAUCUAUAUUUAUAAAAAAGUGGCUAAACAGGUUCAAU